AUGUACUCCUUGUCCUACGGUCCCGGCUUGAGUGAGCUUUGGAAGGCCCCUCACUGCCACUCGGUGCAGUUGGAUUCGAUAUCGAGACCUGUUCAAAAACCGGAAGAUACCGACGAUGGGUAUCUACAGUGGUAUAUGGGACGUACCCACCCGAGGAUCGUCUGCCCCAGUGCUGCUGACCAGGAGAUACACCACCAUCUUAGUCAUGAUCAGUUAGCUGUGAAGCUCGUCCGAGAGUUUUGCACUGUGAUUGAGCACCCUUAUGAUUACCACCUUGAUCUUCUUCUUGGAUUACAAGGGUUGCUUAGAGAGCACGACGAGGCGACUCCAUACCAACCUCCACCUCAGUACUAG